UUGGGUAAAGAAACAAUUAAUAUUUUUAACAGUAUUUGUUGUUCUUUUUGCACAUUCGUUGUUGUUGGUUUAAGGAUGCGUCAUGUAUAAAUACCCAGAAAAUGUUGUUUAUUUUGUCGAUUUGUCGCUUCUUGAGUAAUCAUUUACGGCUCGUGAUGUUCCUGUCAGUUGUUUGUCACUGCCAGUAAGUGUGUGUUCAGUGUGUGUGUGUGUGUGUGUGUGUGUUCACGACAAACACACCCCCACACCAGCGCCCUUUGACCCCCCGCAGAAGGGUUGAAAUGUCCUGCAGCGGCUUCAGAGGAACAUUCAGAAAGAAAUCUGCAAAAGAGACGCAAAGAUGAAGAACCUCGUCUUCCUCACUUUAUUAUGCGUGGCCUCGACUCUGGCCCAGCCUCUGGUGGACCCCCGAGGGGCUCGUCCCGUGGAGCAGGGAACUCGAUCUGAUAAAUGUGCGCCGGAGAAAGAGUGGCCGUUCUGCACCGACGACCAAUGGGGCUCAAAGUGUCCGUCCGGCUGCAGGAUUCAGGGUCUUCUGGAUAAAUACGACCACGGCACGCUGAAGAAAAUCGAGAAGAUCCGCAGCCUCCUGGAUCAGAACCGGGCCAAACACCGAUCAGCUGACCAGGUCUCCAAGCAGACCUACGACUACCUGAAGGAGAAGCUCACCCUCGAUUCAGGAAACGACAACAGCUACUUCGACCUGGCUCAGACUCUCCGGACGAGGAUCACGGACAUGAAGAUCCGGAUUGACCAGCAGCUCAGGGUGCUGGCGGCGCUGAAGAAGCGCGUGAAGGACCAGGUGGACGACAUGCAGCGCCUUGAGAUCGACAUCGACAUUAAGCUGCGUUCCUGCAAAGGAUCCUGCCAAACCUACGCCACGCACGACGUGGACCAGGACAGCUUAUUGACUCUGCAGAAACAGGUGGACCAGCUGGACUCGCGGGCGGCGCAGAACAUCGAGGCGGUGGGAACGCUGUACGUGAUGAAGAGUCGCCCGCUGCAGGGCGUCAUCGUGGACAGCAUCUAUAAAUCGGGACAGAGCGGCCAGGCGAUGGCUCAGCACAAAGAAGACAUGUUCCCCGACGUGAAGACGGUGAAUUUGAUCCUCGAGUUGGAGGGCUCCAGUUCUUCCCCUGCCACCAUCUCCAAGGCCCCAGGUACUUCCUUCCCUUCAUCCACUUCCUCCUCUUCAUCCUCUUCCUCUAUCACCCAUCACGGAGGAAACGGGGAUUUCUUGGGUGGCGGCGAUGGUUUCCGACAGCCGAGUACGAGCCACGUCACUCACGUCACCUGCACCAAGAGCACCCGGAUAACGGUGGUUCAAACCAAAGAUGGUCCAGUGGAAAGAGUGGAGGAAGUGAUGAAUGGAGGCCCCGAAUGCCAAUCAAUGACCGACUUCUCCCAGGGAGGACCCAGCUCUCUUUUCCCCAGCCUCUCACACACAUCUUCCUCCUCUUCUUCCUCCUCUUCCUCUUCGUCUAAAAUCGUCCAAGCCGGCGGCACCAAAGGAAGCCUUUUAGACACCAAAACCGGGCUUUCCGGGAAUCCGUUCGGCGACUUUGGCGCUGACUUUGGCGGGUUCACGGCGUCUCUCGCCGAUGAAGACGUUCCCGAUUUCCACGCCCGCAGUGUGAAGAGCGUGCGUACGGAGCGGGAGGCCGGGUAUAUAGGAAAAGAUUGUGUCGACGCCCACAGGAAGCAUCUGAACGGAGAAACGAGUGGCCUUUUUACGAUCAGACCUGGAGGCCAAGACUCCCCCCAGCUGGUGGAGGUUUACUGCCACCAGGAGGGGAUAAUGGGAGGGUGGGUGUUAGUCCAGCUGAGAGAAAACGGCGCGCUAAACUUCAACCGAUCCUGGGCCGAAUAUCGCGACGCUUUCGGGUCCGUUGACGCGACGGGAGGCGGGGAGUUCUGGAUCGGAAAUCAGAACCUCCACCUCCUGACGAAUCAGGGUGAGAACAUGCUGAAAGUGGAGCUGGAGGAUUGGGAAGGAGGCGUAGCUAACGCAGAGUUCACGAUCAGAGUCGGUUCUGAAGACGAAGGGUAUCCAAUUCACGUUUCCGGGUACACGGGAGACGCCGGGGAUUCGCUAACGGUGGCUAAGUCGUCGCACAACGGGAUGAAGUUCAGCACCUUUGAUAAAGAUAAUGAUAAGUCAGAGGGGAGUUGCGCGGAGAUGUAUGGCGGAGGAUGGUGGUACAACGACUGUCAGGCGGCGAACCUAAACGGGGUUUAUUAUAAAGGCGCGUACGAACCGGAGAAAACCACACCGUACGGAGUUGCUAACGGAGUUGUGUGGGAGACGUUUAAACCGACAAAUUACAGUCUGAAAAAGGUUAAAAUGUUCAUCAGAUCGGCAGCUUUUUAGACACACUGAGAAAAGAUCAAACAUAAAUAAUAACGGCUAACUUAAAAAAGAUCGCAGUGUUCUUUGACAUCAAACCCGCAAACAACGGCAUAAAAACUUUUCUAAUUAGAUGCUGAGAUAAAAUACAACAACUUCAGGCUCCUAACUUAACGAGAUUUAUCAUAUCGAGGAUUGUACGACCCGUGCACUACUUAGUUGCAAACGAAGGCGCGUGGAAAACAUUUCAGCUUAAAAAUUGUAAUUGUAAUUAGAGAAAACAUGGCAAAACCAUUAAAGAUAUUUAUCAAAAAUCCCCUGAAAAACGCACCAUACUUUGAACUCAAACCGGCAAAAUGUCCGUCAGAUCGGCGGCUUUUUAAUUAGACACUGAUAAAAAUGUUUUAAAAGAACAAGAGCCUGAAAAACUGUUGCCGGGCAGAUUGCUUCAAUGGGAUUUAUUCUAAAGUCUAAAUAAUUUAACAAUAUGUUGCCAGUAAACGUCACAUGCUACCAUAUUAAUAUGCAUAUUUGACGUUGGAAGCAAACCUUUGAUUUCAUUGCGGUAUGUAUUUCUGUCUGGUUGAAAGGAAUCUGAAAGGGAUCUAAAAAACCUCUAAAAUGUUCAUCUGAUCGGCGGCUUUUGUUUUAAUGCACAAUAUUUUAUUUAAACUCUAAGAGCAACGAGGCAGGACUAAAGAAAAGCUUAGAGUAGGACGUGCACUUCAGACUUCAGACUGUUGAUCUCUCCGUGUUUAUUCUUCCUGAUUGUGUACAUUUCAUCGACCUGUUUAUCCCAGAAGAGUUUGUGGAAAAUCACAAAGUGUUCCCAAUAUUUCCCCCUGUUUCUCAACUUUGUACGGAGCGAUGAACUCUUGCAAAUCAAUAAAGAUCAAAUGUUC